AUGUCACUGAAGACAAAGAGAGGCGUAAUUAAGGGGUCGGUGACACGAAUAAUUCGUUUUGUGGAGUCUUUGGAUGAGUCUCAAUUGAUUAUCCCGUCAAUCCAAGAAGAGCUUAAAGCUAAACUCGAGUAUCUUACGGAAGUCAGGGAUAAGCUUUCAAAUUUGCAUGAGCAAAUAAUUGCGGAAGAUGGGGUGAAUGUGGCUGAGGAAGAAAAUAGCUUUGAUGAACUUUAUGCCACAAUCGACAAUCUCGAUACUUCCAUUAGGGUUAUCAUCAACAAAAAGAAUACUGCAUCUAACGCUGAGGUUGAGAAACCCCCCAAGUCAUCUCAUGGUUCCAAUGAAAACCUAUCCGACUCAAAAUUUGACACUUUCGUGGACAAAUUCUCAAAAGUGUUGGAGAAGUUGUCAGGCCGUGAUGAAAUUGAUAAUGUAAAGCUCGAGCCAAUCAAAGUUCCCACCUUCUCCGGGUCAUAUGAAGAUUGGCCAACAUUCAAGGACAUUUUCCUGUCCUCUAUUGGGAAUUCUCAGCUUCCAGAUUCUCACAAAAUGCAAUAUCUCAUUUCAUACCUGAAAGAUGAGCCCCUAAGGACAGUACAACGUUUGAAAAUCUGCGAUGCAAAUUAUCGUGCUGCUUGGGAACUCCUCUCAGAAACAUAUGAUGAUCUUUCUGCUAUAAUCAAUGACAGUAUUCAGAGAUUUCUUUCCCUACCAAAUAUCAAACCUUCUUCUCAAGCGUCUGUCCGUGAGUUCCGUACUACUUGCAACUCAAUUCUGCACUCUCUCGAUACAAUGCAAGCAACGGGACGGGAUAUAUGGCUUGUUUAUUGGGCAUCCCAACGCCUAGACCAUGAUUCCAAGAUUCUAUGGGCUAAUACAAUAAAGGGAAAGGUUCCAACAUGGGAGCGCUUUGAUAGUUUUCUUGAGGGACGUGCAAAGGCACUUGCGAUCUACACGCCUCCAAUCGAGAAAACCCCUACUAUAAAAUCUCAACCCCCUCCAAAGGCUAUUCUUCGCUCAAAGCCGUCCACAACCAACUUGCUAACAACUGAUUCUUCUAGUGUUUGUGAUUGCUGCAAGGAGGGACAACACAGACUUUACAAAUGUCCCAAAUUCGAGGCACUCAGUCCAUUCGACAGAUUAGAGUUCGUCAAGUCUCAUAAUCUUUGCCGAAAUUGUUUUGGGAAGCACAUGACAAAGCAUUGUCAGUCCUCAAAGUGCAAGAAGUGUUCAAUAAAGCAUUCAACGUUGCUACAUGAUGCAUAUCCCUCCUCGUCUACUUCAUCACAAUCUACUACUCCACAAACUCAAAAACCUGCUCUAUCCGAACAUACCCCUACAACCUCGACUUCAAAGGAUACACCUGUCACUCAAACUGUCGCCGUAUCCUCUACUGUUCUCUCUUCACAUACUGUCAGCAAGGUCUUUCUGGCUACUGCAGUGGUGAAAAUCCUGGAUAGAGACAACAAUGUUCAUCUUUGCAGGGCCAUCCUAGACUCGGGUGCCCAGAUGAAUUUGAUGACUCAGGAACUCUGUCAAAAGCUAAAAUUGAACAAAUCCUCCUCCUCUGUCGUGAUUUGUGGAGUUACUAAUUCUCACAGCGUCGCAAAGCAUCAGACAGACACUAUUGUUCAGUCUCGACUCAAUGACGUACAUCUUGAAUUCAAUUCUCUGGUAGUUCCGAAAAUCGCAGGAGAUCUCCCUAAUUGGGAAGUAGACACUAAAUCCAUCCCACUUCCUCAGAAUGUUAUUCUGGCAGACCCUACCUGGAAUGUCACUCAACCAAUUGAUAUCCUUAUUGGUGCUGCUCAAUACUUCGACAUUGUGAAGGAUGAGUCUAUCAAAUUGGGUCCUGGACUUCCCCAGCUGAAGAACACGGACUUUGGGUGGAUUAUUGUCGGAGCCCAUACAUCACCACAGCAGCCUACCUCCAAUCUCACUUGCUGUCUCACUACUCUCUCAAGUAUCGAUAAAACCCUAAAGAAGUUUUGGGAAGUCGAAAAUGUUCCUUCUAACCCUCCACCAUCUCAGGAACACAAGGAAGUUGAGCAAUUGUUUUCUGAAACUACGUUCAGGGACUCAACCGGCAGAUAUGUUCUUCACCUUCCUCUUCGAUCCAUUGUUGAAAACUUGGGGGACAACAAGGACAAUGCAACUCGCCAAUUUCUACGUUUGGAGAAACGCCUUGCCAAAAGUCCUGAACUCAAAGCUGACUAUGCCAACUCCAUUCAACAAUAUCUCAAUGAAGGUUUUCUUGAGCCCAUCUCCAAUAAUGAGAGUUCCCUGCCUGUCUACUACCUUCCACAUCAUCCAGUGGUAAAGGAAUCUUCAACGACCACAAAGAUCCGUGUUGUCUACAACGCUAGCUCUCGCUCAUCCACUGGACUGAGUCUCAAUGAUGUGCUAAAAGUUGGGCCUACCGUUCAGCCUGAACUUGUCGCUACUCUCAUGUUGUUCAGAAGAUAUCCCAUUGCACUCAGCGCUGACAUUCGUCAAAUGUAUCCGCAGUUCCUCCUCCAUCCUCCUCACAGGGACUUGCAGAGGAUACUUUGGAGAAAUUCCACUUCUGAGCCGAUUAAAGAGUACAGGCUUACUGGAGUCUGUUUUGGCGUUGCGUCCUCGCCUUUCUUGGCCACACGGGCACUCAAUCAGCUAGCUGUGGAUGAACAGGAGUCAUAUCCAAGAGCCUCUCAUGCCAUUCUCCACAACUUCUACGUAGAUGAUUGCCUGCUUUCUUGUCAUACAAUUGACGAAGCUCUCAACACUCAACAGCAGCUGAUCAAUCUUACUCAAUCAGCUGGUCUCACUCUCACCAAGUGGUGUUCAAACCGCAAGGAGCUUCUUCAAAUGACCGAUGAUUCUACGACCUCUCUCGAUGUUCCUGAACAUUCCGUCAGCACCCUUGGAAUGAAGUGGAAUGCGCAACGUGACGUAUUUCACUAUGAUUUCUCAACAGACGAGUCACCAGCUACAACAAAGAGACAAGUCUUCUCCGUUAUUGCUCGACUGUUUGAUCCUGAGGGUUUUCUGGGUCCGCUUGUUGUCAGAGGCAAGAUAUUCAUGCAGUCACUUUGGCAAUUGGGACUUUCAUGGGAUGAUCAGCUACCACUGGACCUCCUUUCCACAUGGGAAACUUACCUAGAGGAUCUCAAAAACAUUUCGAUCAUCGAAAUUCCUCGUUGGGCCUCCACUGUCAAAUCUCCCACCUCGGAAGAAUUGCAUAUGUUCUGCGACAGCAGUCAAGUCGCAUAUGGUGCAGUUCUGUACUAUGUGACAGCAGAUGAAAAUCAUCGGUCAUCUCACCUCAUCUACGCAAAAUCCAGGGUAGCUCCACUUGCAAAGCUGUCCAUUCCUCGACUGGAGCUUCUCAGUGCAGUUCUUGGUGCUCAAAUAAUGGAUAAAUUCCGCACUAUACUAAACAUCACCAGCUGCUUCUAUUGGACAGAUUCAAUGGUCGUUUACCAUCAAAUACGAUCGUCUCAGAACAAGUUUGAUAGUUUCGUUGUUCACAAAAUCGGAAUGAUUCAUACACUAUCUCAACGUGAGGAUUGGCAUCAUGUCCCAGGGAUUCUUAAUCCAGCGGAUAUCAUCUCACGGGGAUCUACUGUGCAAAACCUACACUCUUCAUCGCUUUGGUGGCAUGGUCCAUCCUUUCUACUCCAGCCAACCUCAGAAUGGCCUCAACCAAAUUCUAUCGAAAAUCAGUCAUUUUUGCUGGCAUCUCUACCGGAAGAAACACAAUCUGCACUUCCACCACCAGACUUCAUAUCCAAACUUGUAUCAGAGUCUUCUGACUACUCACAAGUUACACGGGUACUUGCCAUUUCUUUCCGGUUCCUCUCUGUAGCCAGCAAAUCUUCUCAUUCAUUUGGCCCAAUCUCUGUGACUGAAAUUCAUCAUGCUGAAGUGAUGCUGCUGAAAUGGGAGCAGAAUGCUAAACUCUCAGAAGUUGCUAAGGCCAUCGAGAACAACACUCUCAACUCAAACAGAAGCAUGAAAACCUACAAGUACCUUUCUCCAUUUAUCGACAAGGAUGGUCUCAUCAGAGUUGGUGGUCGUCUCUCUCAAUCGGACGAGUCCUAUGACACCCGUCACCCCAUUCUGCUGCCAAAGGGGGAGCUUGCCCGACUGAUCACCACUCAUGAACAUCGAAAAAAUCUCCAUGCAGGCCCUCAACUACUUCUGUCGAUCUUAAGACAGCGUUUCUGGCCAUUGGGAGCACGUAACUUGACUCGUCAAGUUGUGCAUAAUUGUGUCCGAUGCAUUCGCUGCAAGCCACGCCUUCAACAACAGUUCAUGGGUGAUCUACCUCAAGAACGAGUAAUUGCAACUUCUCCUUUUCACAACACGGGCGUUGAUUUCUGUGGUCCAAUGUGGGUUAGACCAGACCUCAAACGCGGAGGAACUCCACGAAAAGCUUAUGUGGCUGUUUUUAUUUGCCUCUCUACAAAAGCUGUUCAUCUCGAGCUUGUCAGUAAUCUGAGCUGUGAAGCUUUCAUCGCAGCUCUUCGUAGAUUCGCUGCAAGACGGUCAGCUCCUCUUCAUGUCUUUAGUGACAACGCCACAAACUUCACUUCAGCUGACAAGGAACUGCAGUCACUCUUAGACUCUCAAGUUUGCCAGGAUGAGCUCUCAUCAACAGCCACUUCUAUGGGAAUCACAUGGCAUUUCCAACCACCACGCUCUCCUCAUCACGGUGGUCUUUGGGAAUCAGCCGUAAAGUCGCUGAAACACCAUCUACUUCGAACCAUUGGUGACAGAUGCUUUACAUACGAGGAUCUCUACACGAUUUUGACUCAAGUGGAGAGCAUUCUCAACAGUAGGCCACUUACAGCACUCAGUGAUGAUCCAUCAGAGCCUUCCUGCCUCACUCCUGGACACUUUCUGGUAGGCAAACCUCUAAACGCAGUCCCGAGCCCUAGCCUUCAAGAAAUUCCACUCAAUCGCCUCGAUCACUGGCAGCUGUGUCAGCAGAUAAUUCAGAAGUUUUCACAUCGUUGGAGACUUGAAUACCUCACUGAGCUCCAAAGAAGGACAAAGUGGUUUUCACCUCAACCAAAUUUGAAAAUUGGAGAUUUGGUGAUUAUUCACGAGGACAAUGCACCAUCUCAUCAGUGGCCCCUUGGAAUAAUUCAUCAGCUCCAUCCCGGCAAGGACUCCAAGGUACGUGUCGUGACAGUCCGCACUCCUAAAGGGCUGUACAAAAGAUCCAUAGCAAAGAUUUGCCGACUACCAUCGCCUGAGGAUGAUCAACUCUCCACAACACAGAAGGACCCUUCGGGCCUUCAAGGGGGAGCAUGUAACGGCUGA